GAGGUGGCUGAGAGAAACUGUGCAGAGAGCAGAGAGCAGCGCUGGCCAUGGGGAGGGCAGCUCCAGCCCUCCUGUUACUGCUCAGUCUGACAACGACUAUUUGUGAUGCUGAGGACACCUGCUCAGAGGUGAGAAUAGUGGGACUGGGUGAUGCUGACCGACUUGCCAUUCUCCAAGGAUGCCCAGGUAUCCCAGGUGUGUCUGGCCCAAAAGGAGAACCAGGUCUCCCAGGAAAAAAAGGAGAAACGGGAGAUCAGGGAUUCCCUGGGAAAGCAGGACCACCUGGUGCAAAAGGAACAGUUGGAGAGCCUGGUUUCCCAGGACUGAAAGGAACAAAAGGAGAGCCUGGAUUUCCAGAAAUAUGGGAACCCAGGAAUUGCAAAGAACUGUUGGGCAAAGGGAAGAUCUUGAGCGGCUGGUACACCAUCUACCCCCAAGGCUGCAAUGCUACAGCUGUCUUCUGCGACAUGGACACAGAUGGUGGGGGAUGGAUUGUUUUCCAGAGGCGCUGGGACGGGUCAGUGAAAUUCUUACGAGACUGGGAUUCAUACAAACGAGGCUUUGGCAAUCAGCUGACAGAGUUCUGGAUGGGGAACGACAACAUCCACUUCCUCACCUCGCUGGGACCCUGUGAACUCCGCAUUGACCUGAGAGACUUUGAGAACAACUACUAUUUUGCCAAGUAUGCUUCGUUCAGAGUUUUGGGAGAGUCUGAGAAAUACAGACUAGUUCUAGGGGAUUUCCUUGGUGGAAAUGCCGGAGACUCUUUAUCAUACCACGGGGACAUGCCAUUUUCAACAACAGAUCAGGACAAUGACAUGAGCUCCUUUAACUGUGCCACAGAAUACAAAGGAGCGUGGUGGUACAAUGACUGUCAUUACUCAAACCUGAAUGGGAUGUACUGGAUGGGUGUGCAUGGGAGCUACGCUGAUGGUAUCAACUGGAAGACAGGCAAAGAAUACCACUACUCCUACAAGCGAACAGAAAUGAAAUUCAGGCCAGUCUAAUAUGGUGAGAGGGUACCUGACUAGCACCAAGAGGUGCCACUCACCAGCCAAGAGAAGACAGAAAACAUAAAGUUUGAGAACAAAAAUAGACCAGGAAGGAUAUUAUAGGUUGUGCCUUCUAUGUAGAACAGACUUUUUGAGGCCAGAAGAGAUCAGUACUUUUUUGAGCUCCCAUAAGCACCAGACUCUCACCCUGACUACCUCCAGCAGCCACACCGAUGUUGAGCUCAAGCAUCUUUUUCUGAAAAGUGCUUUACUUUGAUUUAAAGACCAAGUGAUGAGUGAGGCCAAUGCAUCUGAGUAAAGCUCUCUGAUAUUAUUACCCUAAACGUAAUUACUGGUAAUUUUCAGUCUAAUCCAUGUAUAUGAAGCCUCCAAUAUUCUUGCAGCCUCUUUCUGUUGGACCCAAGACUCAUCUGAAAGGCACUGAA